CCGAGGCGGCGGGCGGAGAUGAACGCGUCGGGGCGGCUGCCGGCGGGGGGCGAGGAGGAGCCCCCCUCCGCCGCGCUGCUGCCGCUGGGCGGGAACGGCAGCGCCGCCGCGGGGCUGCGGGAGGGCACCCACACCGCCACCCUGGCGGCCUGCGCCUCGCUGCUGGCCCUCGUCUUCUGCCUGGGCUCCUACGGCAACCUCAUCGUCUUCUUGUCCUUCUUCGACCCGGCCCUCAGGAAAUUCAGGACCAACUUCGACUUCAUGAUCCUCAACCUCUCCUUCUGCGACCUGUUCAUCUGCGGGGUGGCCGCCCCCAUGUUCGCCUUCGUCCUCUUCUUCGACCCGGCCCGAGGCGUGCCGGCCGCCUUCUGCUUCGCCUUCCACCUCACCAGCUCCGGCUUCAUCAUCAUGUCUCUGAAGACGGUGGCGGUGAUCGCCCUGCACCGCCUGCGCAUGGUGCUGGGCAAGCAGCCGCACCGCGCCGCGCCAUUCCCCUGCACGCUGCUGCUCGCCGCACUGCUCUGGGCCGCCAGCUUCACCCUGGCCACCAUGGCCACCUUGAGAACCCGUGGCUCCCGGCUCUGCCUGCCCAUGUCCAGCUUCGCCCGCGGGGAUGGGAAGGUCAUCCUUUACCUCUACGUCACCGACUUCAUCUGCUGCGUGGCCGUGGUGUCCGUCUCCUACGUCAUGAUCGCCCAGGCCCUGCGGAGGAACGCGCAGGUGAGGAAGUGCCCGCCUGCGGUGGCCGUGGGCGCCUCUGGACCCCAGCCCUUUGUGGGGCCGCCGGCCGCCGGGGCCGGGCAGAACGCCUUGCCCACCCUGUACAGGAACCGGGGCUCCAGCAAGCCGCAGCACGGCCAGGCUCACAGCUACGCCAUGCAUCUGGGCCAGCCGUCAGCCACUGGCCGGCUGCAGCUCAUGCCGGCCGUCAACCUGUCCGCAGCCAAAGACUCCAGGGCGGUGGUGACGUGUGUUGUCAUCGUGCUCUCCGUCUUGGUGUGCUGCCUGCCCCUGGGUAUCUCUUUGGUGCAGGACAUGCUGUCCGGCAGCGGCAGCUUUGUGCUCUAUCAGUUUGAGCUGUGUGGAUUUACCCUCAUUUUUUUCAAAUCUGGGUUAAACCCUUUUAUAUAUUCCCGCAACAGCGCCGGACUUCGGAGACGAGCCCUGUGGUGCCUGCAGUACCUAUCCCUUGUCUUUUUCUGCUGCAAGCAGAAGACGAGGCUUCGAGCCAUGGGCAAAGGCAGCCUGGAAGUCAACAGGAACAAGUCAUCCCACCAUGAGACCAAUUCAGCGUACGUGUUGUCUCCUAAGCCUCAGAAAAAGUUUGUGGAUCAAGCUUGCGGUCCCAGUCAUUCCAAGGAGAGUGUGCUGAGUCCCAAGGCAUCCUACGGACAUCAGCACUAUGGGCAGAGCAGCUCAACCCCCAUGAACACUCGCAUCGAGCCCUAUUACAGUAUCUACAACAGCAGCCCUUCCCAGGAGGCGAGCACCCCAAAUAGCUUGCAGCCGGUGAACUCGACUUUUGGCUUCACCAAAUCCUACAUUGCCAUGCACUACCACACCACCACCGACCUGGUGCAAGACUGUGGCAGCGCUUCGACCAAGCCGAUACCCGUACCCUCAGUGUAACCUUGGGAAAGCAGGUCUGAUCUAGCUCAUUUAGGGGAUGCCCAUCACUGUUGGAGUUCUAAACUCAAUGGUAUUGCUGUACUGCUCCCAGCUUAAAAAAACCAAAACAGUAGUGUUAACAUCCGGCUACAUGCAUUUGAAGUGAAUACUAGAAAAUUACUUCUGUGGCUUUUUCUUGAAUUUCUCUGUCAAAUCAGAAAGGGCAACAUUUUAGGCUUGGAUUUCGAAUUGUUACUCGAUGACAUGUGUUUGAUUACAUUUUGAGGCAAAAUAUCUCAGAGAACAAUCUGAGGCUGCGCCAGGAGUGUUGUCUGUUGAAGUGCAUACUUGCCAUAUUUUCAGGAAGGCAGAGUUGGGAGGAUGCUUGGUAAUGCUCUGGUUUAAAUUUCCAUUUGCUGAAGGUCACAAGGAUUGGUGGUGUUUUGAUGUAGCAAGUGUCAGCAGCACCGAAAUCUCUGUGAAUUUCAGCUUCCUGGAGCAAGAGGGUUUGACAGACAGUGAUGUAUUGCCACCGGGAGGGGACUGGGGAGAAGAGUUGUGGUGCCAUAAUGAACCUCUGAAGUAUACGUAUUGAUUUCCACUGUACAUUUAUUGUAAGGAUUGGUGCCAUUGUAUAUCCCAAAAUAAUGCAUUCAGCCAAGUGCUUUUCGUCUGAUAGAAAUAACUGCCCAGUAUGAAUUAGAGGUCUUAUUUGAGGAUAGGGCUGAAUAUUGCAGUAUUGCAGUACUGCCUCCUGUGUCACCUCUGGAAUAUUCUAAUCUGUUCUGGUGUUGCUGGUAGCUCUUUGUGUGUGGUUUUAUUUAAGAGUGGGAAGUAGAGAAGUUUGGCCGAGACAUUGCUGAGAGCUAUGAACAACUUUUAGAGCAAGAGUUCCAAGCUGUUGGAGGAGCCAGGCCACUACAAGGCUUUGACCUCGUCCUGCGAUGUCAGUUUGAUUUAAAGUUUAAUAUGUCUACUGAUACUCUUUAUCUGGUGGUUCACACUGUGAGCAAACAACUGAAGUAUUUUUUACAAAUCCACCCACUGGUGUCGUGCAGUGUGUUGUGGGACCUCCUUGUCAACUGGAAUCAUCUGCAGGCCUUUAAAUUCCGGACAGUCACUGCUUUGAGCGGACAGAUCUUUUCCAAGCAAGCAGUCGCCCCUCAGCUGCUGUUGGCUUCAGGAGAGCUGUGGUAUCUCCAGAGCCAAGAGUUCUGGUGCCAGUGGUGGGAGAAUGGCAGCCCUUCAACAAAAUGGUCGCGAUGGGAAGAUGAACCGUUCGCCUCAUUGCUGCAUGUGAGUCGUCGUUGGUUUGGGCUGUUUGUUAACCCAGCUGUUUUCAGGAUUUUCCUGGAAGGCUGUUAGUUUGUGAACACUGCUCUUUGUUUAGCACUCGGAAUUUUAGUUCACUUUGAAUAAUUCAGUGCGGCUUUAUUGCAAUAAAAUGAACGCAGACAACUUUCUAAUACCAGUGUAAAAUGGAAAUGAUUUCAGUAAGUUUUCCCCCUGCCCAGACGUGGUUCUUACUAACGUAAUUACAAAAGGUGUUUAAAAGA